AUGAAGAUCACUGUUCUUCUGCAUCUGACUCUAUUGCUGGUGAGGACAUCAAGCCUUGAAGAUUCACCUGUGGACAAAUUAACAGAUGUUUCUGGUGACAGCAGUCAGCAUUUAAACUCUGUUCAGCAUGGAGAAUGUAGCUAUACCUUCAUACUGCCAGAACCUGAGGAGAGCAGAACUGGUAGCUGGCCAGAAAAACACGAUGGCAAUUAUGAAGGUAACAGUGUCCAGAAAGAAUCUCCUCAGGGGAAGCAAAACCACUUAAACCAGCGGAUCCAACACCUGGAGCUUGCCAUGGAAAAUUGCACCGGUUGGCUCCAAAAGAUUGAGGUCUUUGCAAAGGACAGUCUGACAAAAGACACAACACACCUGCAGAAUAUUGCUCUACAUAAUGAAAUGACAACCAUGCUGGAUCUUGGCACCAAGCUACUUUCCCAGUCCACCCAACACAUCAGGAGACUAACAGACACGGAGACACAGGUUUUCAAUCAGACUUCUAGACUUGAGAUUCAGUCACUGGAAAACGCUUUGUCCUCCAACAAACUUGAGAACAAACUCCUCUGGCAAACCAGUGAGAUCAACCAACUUUGGGACAAAACAGGUACUCUAGAGCAGCGUAUUCUUAACAUGGAGGCACGUCACCAUGCAGAACUGGGUUGGAUAAAGGGUGAGCGGACAGAGCUUCAGAGACUCCUGGCAUCCCAGAGCUCUUCAAUACAGAGCUUGGAGCUCAAUCUAGAACAGGUCGUCACAAACAACAGCGCCCUCCACCGAGAGCAACUACAAAUGCAUAGUACCAUCAAUGAUCUGUUGAAACUGUGCUCCAAGAACGAAGUGAGUCCAAAUGUUUUUAAACAAAUGGAUGAUAUGAUAAAAUACAGAGACUGUGCCGAACUCUUCAGGGCUGGAUUUAACAGGAGUGGAAUUUACACCAUCUACAUUGGCAUGCAAGACAUGCAUAAGGUUUAUUGCAACAUGGAUAGUGCUGGUGGGGGCUGGACCAUCAUACAAUCGAGGAAAGAUGGAACGCUGGACUUCCACAGAACCUGGGAAGAGUAUAAGAUGGGCUUUGGGAGUCUGACUGGAGAACAUUGGUUGGGAAAUGAGUUGGUGUACCUGUUGACCAAUCAGAGGCAGUACACUCUUAGACUGGAGUUGACAGACUGGGAUGGCAAACUGGCCUUCUCCCAGUACGACAAGUUUGACCUUGGUAGUGAGAAGCAAAACUACAGGUUAUUCCUGAAGAGCUACAGUGGUACAGCUGGCAGGCAUAGCAGUUUGGUGAUAAAUGGGGCAGACUUUAGCACAAAAGACAUGGAUAACGACAACUGCAUCUGCAAGUGUGCACUCAUGCUCACAGGCGGCUGGUGGUUUGAUGCCUGUGGCCCAUCAAACCUCAACGGUAUGUACUACACCUCUGGGCAAAAUUCUGGCAAAGUUGAUGGCAUCAAGUGGCACUACUUUAAAGGCCCCAACUACUCUUUACGUGCCACCACCAUGAUGAUCCGCCCAUUGAAUUUUUGAGAAAUCAAUCCUUUGUCAUCGUUAAAUCUCAGAUUUCUUCAGGUAUUUUUCCACAAUGAAUGAGCUUAUAUGCUGUGUAACCGGU